UCAAAUUCGGUAGAAAAAAAAAAUUCAAAUUCAAAUCCAACCGCUAGCUAACGUCAGCAUGACAUCAACUAGCUAGCCGUUGGAUUUGAAUUUUUGUUUGCUAUAAAUAGGAUAGAUAUUGGGUUAUAAUUCACACACAUUUGAAUUCAAUCUCUUUCAAUUCAAGUUCACAUUGAAUUCCAAUUUUGAAUCGUCUUUGAAUUCCAACUCGGAGUCCUCGUCCAAUUCCGAAUUGAAAAAAAAUGGACGCAAAUGAGACAAGAAGAUGAGGAGACUAACGAAGAAGAUAAAGCAUGGCACAACACACAAUAUGUAGCAGCCAUGGCUGCGGCCAUGGUGUGUCAGCCACAAAAGUCCUCUUCUUCUUCUACAGGAAAAAAUAUGAAAGUCAAAGUGCACAGAGAGCUCGCCGCAGAAUCAAAUAUGGCCGCAGUUGGUACAGUCCGCGAAAACGAAGGUUUCGCCAACAGCGUCGAGACCGAAAACCUCGCUCGCUUUGCCAUCGAUGAACACAACAACAAGGAGAAUGCUUUGCUGGAGUUCGUGAGGGUAGUGCACGAAAAGGUACAAGUGGUUUCAGGCUCUCUGCACCAUCUGAAAAUUGAGGCCACCGAUGGCGGAAAGAAGAAUGUUUAUGAAGCCAAGGUGUGGGUAAAGCGAUGGGAGAACUUCAAGCAACUGCAGGAGUUCAAGCUCGUUUCGGACUCCUAGUUUGUCUUCAAGGGUAUAGACGAUAAAGUGAAGUUUAACAUGCUACUAAAGGUGCACGAGGGAGGGUAAGGAGAGAAGUUUAAAGUCGAAGUGAGUAAGAAUUAAGAAUAAUGAAGUUACCUUGAACUUUUGCUUAUUAAUCUUUGUUUCAAACUCUCUCUACUCUCCUCUUCCGUAUGCAUCUUCUUUGUUAUUUCCUUUUC